CCAGCUUUAUGAUAUCUAACCAAACACACUUGUAUAAAUAUAUGUACAUACAUACGUGCAUACAUGUAUCUAUGUAGCAAUAUCAGAAACAAAAUGCGGAACUUCCACAUGUGCUUUCUAAGUUGUGUGGCCCUCACGACUAUUUUGUACAUAUUUCACGAGCGUCCGAAUUGGGACCAUGCAGCAUCUACUCAACCCGACACUGACAACAAUGAAAUGCGCCAUAAGAAAAACACCUUUCAUAUUGUUGCAGUCGCCUGUGGUCAACGCGCUCAAGAGACGUUAGUUAUGAUAAAGUCAGCUCUACUCUAUAACUAUUAUCAGGAAUAUAUUAAGUUUAUUAUAUUUACGGAAGCUCCAUUAGCUGAUAUAAUAAGCGAGAAACUGACUGACUGGCGCGAAACGCUUUCACAGCAAUUUGACUUUGAAUUAUUGUCAUUAAAAUUUCCAAAUCAAAGUGAGAAAGAAUGGAAAAAUCUUUUUAAGCCGUGCGCCGCCCAACGCCUAUUCUUACCUUCUUUAUUGAAGGAUGUUGAUUCGUUGUUAUACGUUGAUACAGACAUAUUGUUUUUAUCUCCCAUUACGGAUAUUUGGAAAUAUUUUGGAAAAUUUAAUGAAACUCAAAUCGCGGCUCUGGCGCCUGAGCAUGAAAAUGAAAAUAUUGGAUGGUAUAAUCGCUUUGCACGCCAUCCAUUCUAUGGACCACUUGGCGUCAACUCUGGAGUCAUGCUUAUGAAUCUAACACGCAUGCGGCAAUUCAAUUGGGAGCAGCAUGUAUUUCCCAUUUAUAAAGAAUUUAAACUACGAAUUACGUGGGGUGAUCAAGAUAUUAUAAAUAUUCUUUUUUAUUACCACCCGGAUAAACUAUAUAUAAUUCCAUGUGAAUAUAACUAUCGACCAGACCACUGUAUGUAUAUGAGUAUUUGCAAUUCUUCUCAUUCAGGCAUAAAGCUAAUACACGGUAAUCGGGGCUAUUUCCAUUCCGAUAAACAACCAUUAUUUAAAACAAUCUAUGCGGCUAUUGAAAGCUAUCAGCUAAGCUCUAAUCUCUACAAUGAUUUCCUGUUACCGCUUCGCGCAGCAUUAAAUGCACAAUCUGUUAACGAAUCUAGUUGUGGAAAAGUCUCAGGUGAUAUUCUGUUAGUGGCGAAUAGUCUUUUUAGUAGUUCAUAUUAAUCGGGAUGAACUGGAAUAUUUAAAAAUUUUA